AUGGCGCCGCCUCCGGCCCCGCGCCCCGCCCGGGACCCAGACGGGGCCGGGCCCGAGUGGAGGAAGCCCGGGGCCGUGAGGUUCGCGGACGUGGCCGUGUACUUCUCCCCGGAGGAGUGGGGGUGUCUGCGGCCCGCGCAGAGGGCCCUGUACCGGGACGUGAUGCGCGAGACCUACGGCCACCUGGGCGCGCUCGGAGUCGGAGGCUCGAAGCCAGCGCUCAUCUCCUGGGUGGAGGGAGAGGCGGACUUGUGGGGACCCGAUGCCCAGGAUCCGGAGGUGGCGAAGGCUCCGGCAGGAGUAGAUACAGCAGGUUCCAGAAAAAAGGAAAAGAAGAGAGAAAAGGAAGGGACUGAAGCCCUGGGGAAGACCUUUUCAAUGGCCACAGGUCCUCCCGGGCUGAAGGCUCUCCUGGUCCCCUCUCCUGGGCUCCCUUACGGUUUGGAGCAGCCGUCCAAGGGGCCUCGCCGGGGUCGACCCCCGCUCGGCGCCCACCCCCGUGUCCCGCGAGCAGACCAGCGUCACGGCUGCCACGUGUGCGGGAAGAGUUUUGCCUGGCGCUCCACGCUGGUGGAGCACCUCUACACCCACACGGGCGAGAAGCCCUUCGGCUGCCCGGACUGCGGCAAGGGCUUCAGCCAGGCCUCCUCCCUGAGCAAGCACCGGGCCAUCCACCGCGGUGAGCGGCCCCACCGCUGCCCUGACUGUGGCCGGGCCUUCACCCAGCGCUCUGCCCUCACCACCCACCUGCGGGUGCACACAGGCGAGAAGCCCUACCGCUGUGCUGCCUGUGGCCGCAGCUUCAGCCAGAGCUCGGCCCUGUACCAGCACCAGCGGGUGCACAGCGGCGAGACGCCUUUCCCCUGCGCCCACUGCGGCCGCGCCUUCGCCCACGCCUCGGACCUGCGGCGCCACGUGCGCACCCACACUGGCGAGAAGCCCUACCCGUGCCCGGACUGCGGGCGCUGCUUCCGCCAGAGCUCCGAAAUGGCAGCCCACAGGCGCACCCACAGUGGCGAGCGCCCCUACCCCUGCCCUCAGUGUGGCAGGUGCUUCGGCCAGAAGUCAGCCAUGGCCAAGCACCAGUGGGUCCAUCGACCAGGGGCCGGGGGGCGCAGGGGCCGGGGAGCCAGUGGGUUGUCUGUGUCCCUGGCCCCUGGCCGGGGGGACCUGGACCCACCUGUGGGCUUCCAGCACUAUCCAGAGAUAUUCCAGGAGUGCGGGUGACAGCCUCAAAAGUGACAAGGCACAGGGUGAAGAUCUAGACGUUGCCUGGGGCCCAGCAUGGCUCCAGGGAGGUCACAGAAUUCCUGGCAGGAGCUGGAGCUGGGGGAUGAGAACAGUCUCAUCUCCGUCUGCCCUCAUCUUGCUCCCUCCUGCCCCAGACUCUAGCAGCCCCGUUUGCUGAGCCAGGGCUGAGGUGAAAAACCCCACCAGACCCCCAUGUGUUAAGAGGAUUGAGGUAAAUGAGAACCUUGAUUUACCCAUGUCUUUUUACUACAGAAGUUGAAAACUGAUGGUGGCGUAAUGAAUCUGGCCUGUAGCUACCUUGUUUAUUUAUUUUUUGGCCCAGGCAGCAUUUUUAAAUGUUAUGAAUUAGUGGUAAAAGUUUAAAAAUCGGGAUACUUCACACAAAAAUCGAGGUUUCUGGCUUUUUUGGAAAUAUUCAUAGAUUUGGCAGCUCAACCUAAACUCCUGCAAGACCACAGUUGGUGGGAGCUGAGCCCACCCCUGUGGUCCCAGUCUAUCCCCCCUGCUCCCAGUCCAUCCCUGGUGCCCCUAAUCUAUCCCCUGUGCCCCCAAUCCAUCCAGUCGAUGGAGCUGCAGCCAGAACUCUCUGUUCACCAUGACCCUCCUGAC